AUGUUUAUACGACGAUUGGCCACCACCACAAAAGACAAGUUUCAAUACAAUCCAAACUACAAAUUUAAAUGUGGGUUGGAAAUUCAUACACAACUUAAAACAAAAUAUAAAUUAUUUUCAUUAUCAGAAACAAGUUUCAAUGAUGAACCAAACACCAAAAUAAGUUAUUUUGAUGUGGGACUACCUGGUACUCAACCGAAACUAAACCCUGAAGCGUUACUAUUGGCAUUGAAAGCAUCAGUAGCAUUAAAUUGUGAUAUUCAAUCUUUUUCAAAAUUUGAUAGAAAACAUUAUUUUUAUCCUGAUCAACCUUUGGGGUAUCAAAUUACUCAACAAUAUUAUCCUAUUUCAAAGAAUGGGUAUUUAGAGUUAGAUUCACAGAUAGAUGAUUCAGAGGGGAAAAUUGGAAUUGAAAGAAUACAAUUGGAACAAGAUACAGGAAAAAAAUAUGGAGAUAUUAUAGAUUUUAAUAGAGCAAAUACACCAUUAAUUGAAGUUGUUACUAAACCAGAUUUUACAAAUAUAGAUCAAGUUUUUGCAUUUGUUAAAAAAUAUCAAUUAUUAGUACGACAUUUGGAGAUAUGUAGUGGAGAUUUAGAAACUGGUGCAAUUAGAGUUGAUGUAAAUCUUAAUGUGAAUGAUAGUCCUAGGGUCGAAAUUAAAAAUUUGGGAACUACUGGUGAUAUUACAAAUGCAUUGAAGUAUGAGUACAAUAAGCAAAUAGAAACACUUGAGAACGGUGGUACCAUAGUACAAGCAACUAAAAGUUGGGAUGGAUAUGUUACUAAAACUACUAGAACUAAAGAAAACAUGAUCGAUUAUAGAUAUGUACCGGACUCAGAAAUACCAAAUGUAAAUUUAGAUAAAAAUAUAGCACAAGAUGUUAAAGAUAUACUACCUGAAUUCCCAGAUCAAAUUAUCAAGAGAUUAAUUUCAUCACCAUACAACUUACAGCUAACUCAUGCAAAAAACUUAUUAUCUGAACCUGAACAAUUGCAAUAUUAUGAAACUUUUUUUAAAAACUUUGUUAAUCCAGAUGCAAAUAAAUGGAUGUUUCAAGAAUUAUUUAGUGCAUUCGCUAAAUUGGAUAAAGUUUUUGAUGUUAAUUUGAUUACUCCUGAAAUUUUGAUAAAAGUUGCAAAUUCAAAUCAUUCAUUAGUUACGAAAAGACUUAUAUUAAAAAAUAUGAUAAUUACCGGUAAAUCAUUAGAUGAAACAAUUAAGUCGCUAAAUUUGGAAUCGGAGAUUCCUCAAAUUGAAGAACUAUGUGAAAACAUUAUUAAUCAAAAUCCAGAAGUAGUCAAAAGAAUUCAAGAUGGUCAUGAAAAUGCAAUACAAGUCUUAGUCGGUCAAGCUAUGAAAAUAACAAGAGGUAAAGUAAAAGCAAAUGAAAUAAAAGAACAAUUUUUAAAAAAUUUAGUAUUAUAA